GCCAUUCAGCCCAACUAUCAACCAUGUAACCCUAGCUCUAGGUGCUCUCCAGUCUCUCUCCUGCUCUCCACCCACACAGCCGCCCGCCAGCAUCUGCAUCUGCAUCUCCCUCUGCGCCAGCGACGGCCGGCGCGCCCCAUCGCCGCCUCCGCCGUCGACUUGCCCCAUCACCGCCAACGAGGCGUUCUGCCGCCUGGCGCCGCUCGUCACGUACGAGGACAUCCUCCGCAUCGCCAACGGCGACACCUCACCAUCCUAUCCGGCAAGCCUGUCAGCGAGUUCCUCACCAGUUUAGUAUGCAUUGCAGCCAAUAUUUUCUCAUGGACAAGGCGCUGAAGUGAGAGACGACAGACGAAGAGGUGAAAAAAAUGGAGUCAUGUUUUGUAACGCCCCACGAGGACACGCCAGAGACGAUAGAAGAAGAGGUGAAAGAGAUGGAGUCUUGUUUUGUAACGCCCCACGAGGACACGCCAAGGCAAGGGCUCUGGCUCUCUCCCCUCGACAUAGUCAUGGUCAGCAGAGGCCAUACCCCUACUGUGUACUUCUACCAACGUGACACUGCCACUGUUGCUGCCGAUUUUUUCGAGGUAGGCAGGCUUAAGGAGGCUAUGGCAAAGGCCCUAGUGGCCUUCUACCCCUUGGCAGGCCGUCUCAGUGUAGAUGGUGAUGGUAGGCCUGAAAUUGACUGCAAUGCCGAGGGUGCGCUCUUUGUUGUGGCUCAGUCAAAACUCACCGUUGAUGCCUUCAGCGACCUUAAGCCAUCACCAGAGUUGAGGAGGUUGUUUGCCCCCCGUAUUGAGCCAGCAUCCAUCAUGCUUGGAGUACAGGUGCACAUUAAUUAUUCCUUGCAGGUGACUUUCUUGAGUUGUGGUGGUGUGGCAUUAGGGACGGUGUUGCACCAUGUCGCCAUCGAUGCCCUUAGCGCGUUCCAUUUCUUCCAGACAUGGUCUUCUUUCUGCCGAGAUGGUGAAGCCGCCAUGUUGGAGCUGCCCUGCCAUGAACGCACCCUCCUCCGCACACGCUCCCCACCUAUCGUCCACCCGGAUGUGCACUCAAUGUUCAGUCUAAAGCUCAACUUCUGUGAGCCAUCAGACCCUAUAUCCACCAAGAUAUUCGUCAUCUCCAAGAACCAGCUCGAUGCCCUUAAACAAAUAUGUGGUGGAUUGAGCACAUUUUGUGCCAUGAGCGCCCUUGUAUGGCAGUGCAUGUGCAUUGCUCGGCAACUCCCUCUAGACGCCGAGACACGCGUCAUCUUCCCAGUCAACAUUCGGCGCCGUGUGAAGCCACCUCUCCCAGAUCGCUACUUCGGCAAUGCACUUGUCGACUUGAAAGUAGCCUCCACAGUUAGGGACAUUGUCUUGGGGACACUGGAUGUAACUGCUGCCCAGAUAAAGAACGCAUUGGGACGCCUUGACGAUGAGAUGCUGCAGUCGGCGAUAGACUACAAUGAGAUGGCAGGGAUGCCCAACAAGCAUACCAAGGGAAACCUGCCAGAUACAGAAUUACGAAUGGUCUCUUGGCUAGGCAUGCCAGUUUAUGAUGCGGAUUUUGGGUGGGGGAAGCCGGAGAUGAUGUCUCGUGCGGAGUCUGUGCGUGGCGGAUUUGUUUAUAUGAUGGAUGGCAUUGACAACGAUGGGGGUGGCGUGCGUGUGCUCAUGUGUAUGGAGGCACGAAAGAUGGAGGAGUUCGAGCGACUGUUUUAUGCCAAGUUUGCACAAUGAAGAAACUACCUAGCUAGAACAUGAUGCAUGUUUUCUGUUCUAUUAUCAAUAAUGGAUGUUUCAUGUAAUAAUAUAACCAAAUACCUCCAUAUAUUUUGGUGGCAUGGUUGUUUCAGACAUGACAGGGUGUGGUUGAUUUACGCGGACACCACAAAAAUGUGGUUGAUUUACA